GAUUUAGUGCGCUGUAUUAUUCACCCGUAUUGAAGAUGGAGCAGCCGAAUCUCGGCAAUGAUGCAGUAAAAUCUUCAAGAAGAAGACUUUCUUCGAUUUUAAAAGCUCCUCGAACAUCUAUGAAAGUACAUGGGGCCGAGCAAGAGGAACAAAAGCAGGAGGAAAUUGUUAAGCCUGUUGAGAAGAAGAGAAAUUCACGAAGAGUGAGUUUUGCCACUACAAAUAAUGUUCGAGUCUUUACAAAUGAUGCAAAGAAUGAAUCUCCUGUUCUGGCUUCCAUACAAAACACAAAUGUUGCAGGCGAGAGACCAAAUGAAAAGAUUCUGCGUUUUGUGGAUGAGGGAAGUCACCACAUCAAAGGCCUGGAAACUUUGUUGAACACUCCUCUUUAUUUGACCCAGCAUAAUGAAAAUUUCUUCUCAGAUCCAGUCUUGCAGGAUGACUGUGUGGAUAGAACAAUGCUGCUUGGAGAGGAUACUGGAUACAUGGAUAUUACUCGCAGUCACACAAUAACAAUUGAUAAGGAUGAUGAAAUUGAAGAAGAGACAAACUCAGAUUUCAGCAUCAACAUGGCUCAGAUGGUCCGUGGUGAUCUGAAUGUUGCAAAUCAGAAGGGUUUGCCACAUGAAGCAAAAGCAGAGAGGAAAAAUGCUGCAAAUGACCCCGACUUCAGUGCUUUUCUUGCCAGUUUGAGCUUACCCACUGUAAACACCAUUAAGCCCCGAAAUUCAGAAAAUGAGCUUGGUAAUAUCUUCUGUUCAGCCAGUACAAGCACAGAAAUUGAUAAGGAGAAUCAAGUGCCAUCUUUUUUAAUGAAGCAACAUCCAAGUGACAAGGGUAACCAACAACAACCUCGGGGACUUCAGCGUAGACGUUCCCACAUUUUGUUUGUUGAAGACGAUGUAGAGGCAACCAGAAGUCACACUGUUGUAAUUGAAAACAAAGAUAAUGAUCAGCCUUUUACACCCUCUGUUACUGAAAAUCAAAGAAGUGUUGCAUUCAUAAAAUCUGCCUUUUCAAACGUCCCGGAUGACAUGGAGCUUACUUUGAGCCAGACUGCUGCAAUCAACGUUAAAGUUACAGAAAAUAUCACUAGCAAUGUCCAGGCUUUUUUAAUGAAUCAACUUCCAGAUGACAAGGGUUACCCAAAACAACCACAGGGACUUCAGCGUAGACGUUCCCGUGUUGCAUUUGUUGAAGACGAUGUAGAGGCAACCAGGAGUCACACUGUUGUAAUUGAAAACAAAGAUAAUGAACAGUCUUUUACACCCUCUGUUACAGAAAAUAAAGGAAGUGUUGCAUUCAUGAAAUCUGCCUUUUCAAACGUCCCGGAUGACAUGGAGCUUACUUUGAGCCAGACUGCUGCAAUCAACAUUAAAGUUACAGAAAAUAUCACUCACAAUGUCCAGGCUGCUCUGGAUCACAAAAGAUCCCAUCAUUUCUCUGAGGAUGACAAUGCAAUGGAGAUGACGGGGACAUUUGAUGUAUCUGUUCAAGAAAAAAAACACACAAUGAGUAUGAAGGAGCAAGCUCAGCCUUCAGUUCCCACAAUAAGAGGGAUGUGCUCCUUUAAUGUGAUUGGAAAUGGAGAGACAACAGAUCAAAAUAAAGCUGGUUAUUUUCAGAGCAAUCUCUCUAUAGCUCAGAUUGCUAAUUCUGAGGAUAUGGAAAUGACGGGAACAUUUGAUGUAUCUGUUAGAGAAAAAGACCACACAAUGAGUAUGAAGGAGCAAGCUCAACCUCCAAUUCCCAAAGUAAGAAAGAUAUCCUCCUUAAAUGUGAUUGGAAAUGCAGAGACAACAGAUCAAAACAAAGCUGGUUAUUUUCAUGGCAAUGUCUCCAUAGCCCAAGCUGCUAAUUCGGAUGAUAUGGAGAUGACUGGGGCUUUAGAUAUAUCUAUUCGAGAAAAAGAGGAAGCUCUAUUUCCCAAAGUAAGCAAUAUGUCCACUUUUGAUUCUUUUGGUAAUGGAGAAAUAGCAGAUCGAAACAAAUCUAGCAACAACUUUAUAGCUCCAACUGCUAAUUCUGACGAUAUGGAGAUGACACAGUGUCAGACUAUUGUUCUCGAAGACAAACCAUCAAGUGGAAACAAGCCAUUCAGCAACUCAAGGACGAGCCUGCCUCUUAUACCUUUAUCGAGCACUGUCAGAGAAGAUGAGCAUACAACAGGCUUGAAGGAGGAAGCUCUGCAUCCAAUUCACAGAGUAAGCAAGAUGUCCUGCUUUGAUUUAGUUGGGAAUCGAGUGAUAAUGGAUCACAACAAAUCAGGCCACCUCCCAAUAGCCCAAACUGCAAAUUCUGAUGAGAUGGAGAUGACACAGUGUCAAACAAUUUUUCUCGCGGCCAAGCAGGUCAAUGUAGACAACCCUUUAAGCAACUCAAGGAAGAACAAGCCCCAUGCGUCGGUAUAUGGAACUGAAGGCAGUGAUGGGAUGGACAUGACUCAAGCAUACACAGGGCGUAUAAUGCUAAAUGCCCUUUCAGCCUCCAAGAAGGAAAGAGGUCAAAGCAUUCUGAUACCUGCUACAACUACAUCAACUCAACAUAAUGAGAGUGACUGUAUGGACUUGACAUGUCAACCAUGUACUUUUGAUGGGAUUUCUCCACCAAGUCCUGAUGAAAUGGAAUUGACUAGAUGCACCACUAUUAACAUAGACUCAACCCGUACCUGGUUAGGGAGUGCUGUGGAUAUCACAGGUACAAGAAGAGUGCCAUCCUCUGCUAAUCAAACAAUUACUAUGGUUGAACCUAUGGAGAUGACCGAGGUACAUAUGGCACCAGUCAGUGUGCAAAAGCAUAAAGCUUUUAUGACUCGAAGAAAGUCAGGAGUGAGAAUGAUGUCCUUGAUGUGUGAUCCUGAAAACACUGAAGCUGAUAACCAUCAGACUGAUUUCUCCAACCCUGAUGAUAUGGACAUGACACAAUGUCAGACAGUUGUGCUUGAGGCUGAAAACUGCAAGAGGCCCAGACCAUUCAGUAAUUCAAGGAAGAGUUUGAACAUUUUAUAUACAUCCUCCAGUCAUGAAGUUGAUGGUAUGGAGAUAACCCAGGCACUCACCGGCAAUAUCCUGUUAAACAGCUUUGUAUCCAAUGAGAAAAGUAAUCAUGAUAGAAAGCUGUUGCCUCCAGCACAAAGUUGUCAAAUGCUAGAUGAGUCUGACUGCAUGGAAAUGACUUGUCAAGCCAGUGCAUCGAAUCUUGCUAUUCCCUGUGUUGAUGAUGAAAUGGAACUAACAGGAUGCAACACGAUUGCAUUUGACUCAAAAAGCACAUUGGCAGAAAAUGCUAUAGAGAUCAAAGCAAAUGAAAGUGCACUUUGGGCAUCAACAUCUGUUUCUAGAUGCACAGUGUCAAGUGAAGAACAAAAUGAGGUGAGUGAAGCUGCCAAGUGUGCUAUUAACCAUGUCUUUCCCUCAAGACAUGUUUUUGAUCCUGAUGGCAAAAACCUUAAAUGCAACAACACAGAGACAACAUUCUAUGGUGCAGCUAACAUGCAAGUGGACAGAAAUUGCGAAAUGGUGCAUCUAAAUGAUGUGAUGACGACUGAUGAAGACAGUAACAUGCAGGUUACAAAUGUCCUUACAAUGCCCAUUGAAACUGAAAAAAGUGUUUCAGUUAAUGAGAAAGAAGAAGAAAAUAUUAAGACUUUCUGUGGCUCUAGAAAUAAAGAGGCGGGUCAAGAACUUUGGCCUAACAAGGAACAAAGUACAAGCUCAGUCCAACUUGAAGGUUCCUUCUCAAAUCAGUCUGUAGUUGAUUCCUUUAUUAAAGAAGAGCUGCAACAUGCAAAAGCAAGACGGAGAAGUCUAGCAGACUUUCAAAUGGAGCUUCACAACAUGUCCCAACGUAUCCAGGAAGAGCAAAAAGUGAUGAUGGGAAGCACAACCACGCCUCUGGCUUCUUGUUCCCUCCCAGAACCUUCCUUUAAAAGGCAGUGUGAAAUGAAAAUUUCCAAUGAGCCAACUUCAAAUGUCACGCCUAACGUCAAGCAGCAAAAUAAGUCUGUUCAAAAUGAGAAGACCACACCUUUUAGUCUUAAAAAGAAUGCAUUCUCAUCAAGGAUGUCAUUGGGUGGUAUUGUACCAAAACUACCGAAACGAGCUACAACUGUAACACCUAACAAAACUGUGACCAUAAGUUCUAAUGAUUUACAAUGUCUCCAGCUAGAGAAACAUUUCGACGUUGAUGAACAAAAUAGCAACUGCCAAACAGUCAAUAUUAAUGAGGAAGAGUUCCCUGAAAUGAGCAGCGAAGAAGACUUGUCAGGGAGUCUUGAAAAUUGGCCAAUUAACAAGCAAGAUGAACUGGAUGGUUCUUUGGCUGUCCCUAAAAAGGAAGAGCCUCUUGAGGAUGAUGUCUUCGAGUCAGGCACAAGCACGAGUCCAUGUUUUAAAAGGCCACAUACAGAGGAAGACCCUAUUACUGCAGACCAAACCAAGAAAGCUUGCAUUUCUGACAUGGGCCUUGACUGUCAUGAAGCUGUUGUACAGUGGGAAGGUAAUUUUACAAGGCAUGCUGCACAGAAUCCCAAGGCAAAGGCAAUUGAAGAUACAGGAGUGUCUGAAUCCUCUCUCAGAUACUCACAGUUUGACUCUCAUAUGGAUGGGACGCUGGGUCAUGUAUUUGAUUUCAACAAGAUACUUGAGGACGGAAGCAUCACAGUCAAUGAGUUCCUAAGCCACUUUGGUAUCAACUUUGUCAUCCACAGAUCUAGACCAAGUGCUCUUCCUGACAGUUGUAGAGCUGGAGAGGCACGCACCAUGGAGGAUUUGCUCAAAGAGAAAUACAUAUACCACCCCAAGCAGAGAGUAUAUGAGCAAGACUGUAAGAAUCUCACAGAGAUAGUAGAGAGACUUAAAGAACAGAUGCCUGAACAAGAGAAAUCACUGGGAUGCAUCAAUGGAGCCCUACAGCAAGAGAUUUGUACUCUCUCUGAAGAGCAAUUAAAGAGCUUUGGCUCCAAGUUGAAAGAGCGAAGAGUUUUCUUUGGAAAGAGAAGCAAAGCACUUUCUCAUGAAAUGAAAGGAGUCUUGUACUCGGAGCUCAUAAAAACAACACAGGAUGCAAAACAGAACCUGAUAUCUAAAAUCAAAGAGACAGAUGAAAUUAUUGAAGACUUGGAUGGAUGCAUUAAUGAUUUAGAAACUGAACUUGCAUCUGUAGAGGCCAUGAUUAUGGGAGAUCAUCUUGAUGCUCCUCAAACCAGACCAGCCUUAAAAGCCAAGGAAGAGGAUUUACAUAAGCUUAAUUCAACUGUCACUGAGAAGGAGAGGGAAAUUGGUGAGCUCGAGAUCCAGCUGAGGACUUUGGAGAGCCAACAGGAGAAGUUGCAAGGGGAAUCCAGUAGCCUUAAGAGUCAUCUUGCAACCUUGAACAGCUUGAAUGAGUGGCAUCUUGAUGCGAUGGAUGAAAGGGGGGCUUUGUUUACCUUCCUUCAUAAAACUGUGCAUCUGCAGGUGAAUCUGCAAACACCUGCUGGAAAGGAAUGGAUGACUGAGGAUGUAGAACAAAAUAUAGAUGUAAGCUUCCAGUUGCACCUGGACGUGGAAAAAUCUCAGUGUCAUGCAAGCAUGGUUCACAAGUUACUUGAACUACACUCUCAAUCUCAAACUCAAUGGAGACAGAGGUACCCAACAACCCGACAUAUACCAGAGCUGCUUCAUGACAUCAGUUUGGUGGUGAGUCGUCUCAGGCUCUUGGGUGAGGAGAUUCACCGGCUGAAGAAGUGGGGAGGAUUGAAGCUCCGCAUCCUGAAGAUCACCUGUAUGGACACACGAGUCCAUAUCAUCUUCUCUAGUCUGAAAGCAUUUGAGAAGUUUGAGUUAAGUCUGAUGGUCACUCCAGACUAUCCCUUUGGGCCACUUCACAUACAGGACUUCAAAAAACACAUGGGAAAUACAAGGUUGAGUCAAAUUGAAGACAUCAUAUCAUCAGUCAAAUCAGGCAAGAAUUAUCUGACAAAAGUUCUCAAGAAGAUCCACGAUGACCUUCUGUGCUAGGAUCUCAGGCCUUGUUGUUGACUCUGUUUUUUCUGUCUUUUAAAUGUUUGUCUAUACUGAUUUUUGUAUGAUCAAAAAUAAUAACGAUUAAAAAUGUAGGCACAAACCGCA